AUGGGGAUACCUCUACAUGCUAUUGUCUCCUCACUGCUCGUAGAUGGCACUUGGAGUCUCCCACCAGCUCGUUCGGAGGCGCAGGUCGAGCUGUAUUCCUCCCUAACAACGAUUCAGCUAGCGCCAACUCAGGACUAUUACGAAUGGGAGAUCAAUGGCCAAGUUUACACAACUUACAAGACAGGUCAGUUAUAUGAUUACCUUUGUGAACCGAGACCAGAUGUCUUUUGGCAUAAGGCAGUUUGGAUCUCUCGAGCCAUUCCACGCCAUAACUUUCAUGCUUGGCUGGUAGUACUGAACCGAAUACCAACUCGGGAUAGGCUGAUAAAUUGGGGAAUUCAGGUCGAUGAUCGAUGUCUCCUCUGCAAUUCGAAUCAAGAGUCUCGAGAUCAUCUGUUCUUCACAUGUAACUACAGCUAUGACUUGUGGCAAAUCAUAGCUAGAAGACUCCAACUACUUCCUCAAAGGGAUUGGCAAGCUACUCUGGACCAAAUGAUCUCGCUCUCAACUCAGACUCCUCAGCAAAUCCUAACUCUCCUAGCGUGGCAGGCGACCUUGUAUUGGCUUUGGACUGAACGCAACGCUCGCCAACAUACAAAUACUUUCAGGACCGUGGAUCAGAUCUUCAAACUAUUGGAUAGACAACUCAGGAGCAAGAUCAAUAGCUUUAGAGACUCUAACCCGAAUCGCUCCUCCACCAUGCUGCAGAGCUGGUUUCGAUUUGGUUGA